CUGGGGGACGAGGGACUAGUUCCGGGAUUCCGAUGUCGGCCUAGGAAGAGGGCUAAGUAGUUUGCUAGCGGCUAACUCAAGGAGGACCGAAACUACCUACAUCCUAAAGACAAGGCAGCCCACAUGUUUAAUAUCAGGUGUGUGUUCUUCUUGCUUUUGCUGUUUGUUGUUGAAAUGAAAGCGGCUUGAGGCGCCGCGUCGGUCAUCAGUGAAAGCUAGUCCGCCAGGGGCAUUUUGCAGUGUACACAGCGAACCAGCGGGUGACAGAAUACGGGACACCAAGGUUUUCAAAAGGGACGACAAUGUUUCAGACCAUGUAGCACCCACGCUGUAAAAGACAUUCUGGAAGAGAUGCGAAAUGGCGAAGGAGGUGUUUCUGCAGAGAAUUUGGAGGAGCGAGAGGUUGCUACACCCACACCAGGACCAGUGCGGUGACACCUCUGUGACAUAUGCAGGACUUCUUUAUGGAAGGAGCUGAUUUUUCUCUCAUUUUAACAAAGACUGAAGAUCAGGAACUUUUGAGAUCCAGCGGACUCUGCCUGGCUAACUGAGCCAUUUUACAUGUAUUGGCAAGGCUGGAUUAUUAUUUUUUUUUAAUUCAGCUUUUUUAAGAUAAAUUGCAGCUGGAUUUUUAUUUUACUAUUUUUUUUUUUUUUUUUUUUUUUUUUAAAUGUUGAGCAGCUUCCCACCACUGGUUCAAAAGUGAAUUUGUUUAUUUUCCUCUGCUGACGCUUGAAAUGCUGGAACUGUCCCUUCUGCCGCCAUCCUCAGUUUCUUCCUCCCACCCAGUGCCUAAAUAAGCCCUCCCGGGACGAUCACAGAAGUCAUCAGCAGCUGCUGCGCUCAAUCCUCUGCCUCUUCUCCUCCAUGUGCUUCUGCUCCUGGCCUGUUGGUUUCCCACCAGUUACCUCUUUAAUUUUUCGGUUGUUUCUUUUUAUAUUCACUUUUCUCUGAGAAAGAUAAUCAGAACUGAAGCCUAGUGACGAACAUUCUCGUCAGCACAAGUUUCAGGAGCAUUAAAAAAAAUCUCUUGUAGAUGCACUGCAGUCAUUCAGUUGUACUGGUGCCAGUGAGAAGUUAGGGAUUAAAUUUCUAUUUUGCACCAAAUCCACUUGCAUUCAAGCCAUAACUAAAUAUAUACAUAUUAUCUACACAUAUUUUUGUAUCACAUUGCUCUUGUAUAGCUUUGCUUUGAUAAGCUUUAAUGAACAUUAUGCAUAGAUAUUAAAUAUUUGCAAACUGAAUUGAAUCUAAUUUGUUUACUUGUGAACAAAUUAGUUUUGGAAGACGAUUUGUGUCUAAACAGAGAAUCCCCCAUGUUUUCUUCCACCGGCUGCUUUGCAUAGUGUCCCCCCUCUUCAAGUCUGUAGUCAUGGCCCCUCCCGUCAGACAAACACUCUUUUUACCUUUUUGACCAUUCAGAUUUCCCCUUCACCCCUGUAGACAAUAGUUUUCUUUCUAUCUCUCCGUCUCCCUUUCCUCUCUCAUGCCGGGCUUCAGCGGUGGCGGGGUCGGGGGAGGAGUAGGCGGCCCUGCUUCUGCUCCUCCCCGUCCGUUUCGCCCCAGCCGGUACGUCCCGGUGUCCGCAGCCACCACGUUUCUUGUCGGAUCAACAACCCUCUUCUUCUGCUUCACAUGCCCAUGGUUGUCAGAGUAUUUCUCCUCCCUCAUUCCCAUCUACGUUGCUGUGAUCUUUCUCUUCACCCUCGCCAACUUCUGCAUGGCCACGUUCAUGGACCCGGGAGUUUUCCCCAGAGCGGAGGAGGAUGAGGACAAAGAGGAUGAUUUCCGUGCUCCCCUGUACAAAACAGUGGAGAUCAAAGGCAUCCAGGUGCGCAUGAAGUGGUGCUCCACCUGUCGCUUCUACCGCCCGCCCCGCUGCUCGCACUGCUCAGUCUGCGACAACUGUGUGGAGGAUUUUGACCACCAUUGUCCAUGGGUAAACAACUGUAUUGGACGGAGAAAUUAUCGCUAUUUCUUCCUCUUCUUGCUGUCACUCACCACCCACAUCAUAGAUGUGUUUGGCUUUGGCUUGGUUUAUGUCCUGCACCACCGCCAGCAGCUGGACACGCCACAUGCUGCUGUUACCAUGGCUGUGAUGUGUGUAGCCGGUCUGUUUUUUGUCCCAGUCGCUGGCCUGACUGGGUUCCACAUAGUGUUGGUGGCCCGCGGACGGACCACAAACGAGCAGGUGACAGGGAAGUUUCGGGGAGGCGUUAACCCUUUCACCAACGGCUGUUUGAGGAAUAUCUCGCAUGUGCUCUGCAGCUCCCAGGCCCCCAGAUACAUGGGCCGAUGGCGGAGCCAACAGACGGUGGACGUCCAGCCACCGUUCCUCAGACCGUCUCUCACCGAGGCUCAGCUUGAAGCCAAGGUCUUGGACAACGGCAUUCAGAACGACCGGCACAGCACCAGGUCCAAGAGCAGUCUGGAUCCGAUGGAGAGCCAGUCAGCUGAUGCAGAGCCUCCACCUCCUCCGAAGCCGGAGCUUCGUUACCCUGGCCUGCCCCGGGCUGACACAGAGGAGAGCAGCUUGUUAACCGAAGCUCCACGCACACCGUCGAUGUACAAGUACCGGCCAGCUUACAACAGUCCGGGAAGGAACCACGCCGGCCACCCACAUACAAACAAGAUGAUCCGUGGAGAGAGCCUUGACUCUCCAUCUCCAUCCAUCCUCCAGUCCAGCCGCCAGCCCAGCUACCGCUCGGAGCCAAGCAGCCUGGACGGGGCCACAGUGGUGGGGGGAGGUGUAGGGGUGCGCAGAGUGGGAGGGGAAAGGGGUGAGGGCCCCGGGGGCCCCGGCGGGUUCACUGGGGGGGUGUCGGGGGGCAUGUCAGGUUACUCCCUGACUGGGCGCUCCUACACCUCCUACCCAUCCUCUCUGGUUCUGUCCACCGGCGGCUCGCGCUCCUCCAGCCUGCGCUCGGCGCACACCGCACAUAACCCGCUGGCCACGCUCCAGUCAGAGGGCACCACAGACACCAGCUACAAAAGCCUGGCCAAUCAGACGCCUCGGAACGGCAGCCUGUCGUACGACAGCCUGCUGACGCCUUCCGAGAGCCCGGAGUUCGAGUCGGCCGCCCACGAGCUGUCGCCGCAGAAGCCUCGCGCUCCGUUUCCCUCGGCGGUGGUGUCAGGCCAGCCCGGGGUGGCGUCCCCCGGUAGCCCGCUGCAGGGCUACACGUCGCCCUUCCUCUCAGCUCAGCUCGCCCAGCAGAGGGAAGGGCAGCUGCUCCAGGGCUCUGCCACUUUCUCCUCCCCACACAGGGCGUACCUGCGGGCCGUCAGCCCGCCCCCCCCUUCCUCCUUCGGGCCUCCCGAGACCCACCACCUGCUCCAACACAACCAGGACUUCUCCUCCCGAGCCCCCCGCAACCCUUCCUCCUCGUCCUCUUCCCCCGGGGCUCGCUCCCUAGAGCCCCCUGUCUCCCCACCACCUCGUGGCCUCUCCCUCGGCAAGUCCCUGUCCUACACUGGGGAGGCAGGGUCCCAGCACAAGCCUCGACUUGCAGGAGGGGGCGCUGUGCUGGGAGGGGGAGGAGUUGGAGGAGGGCAGCCGGCUCCACAAUCCACUUCUCGCCCAAUCUUGGCCAAUCACACCACAUCCAAACCAGGGGGCGGAGUGAAGAAGGUAACCGGCGUUGGAGGGACCACAUACGAGAUAUCGGUUUGAGUGACUAAAGUUCCCCACGAGGUCGUUUCACAAAGACUGGUUGGGGGGAAAAAAAAAAGUCACCGGACAACUUCCACUUGUCUCUUGUCUGAGCUGGAUAUUAUUCAUGACCGUUUUCCUGCUGCAGUGGACUCAAGGAGCACGCCUGUCCGGUACUCAGUUUGUCAUCUUUGUUAAUGCCACUGGCCAUUCUCUCUCUCUGCCAGCCUUUCAGAUUUGAACAAAGAGUAACUGCUUCAUUUUUCACAGGAUCGGUUGUCUCCGUGCGAGAGCCAUAGACUGAUGUGACCGUACGGUCACGGCUGGGUACAGAUAUGUCUAUAGAAAUACACAUCGCUAUCCAAAUGAUUUGCUCUUUUACUUUGGUACAUUAGCACACGGCGUAUUGACAACGGUGUCCGACACUCGAGGAAUGGAUGGCCUUUAUCCCGUGGAUGUAAAAAAAUUUCAGAGGGGAGGAUUUAGGACUGCUGACCAAUGAUGAACGUCUCAACGGACCACACAGCCUGAUUUAUCGAAGAGUCCGACCUAUAAACAGUAUCAUUUUAGUUUUAUAAAUCUUUUUUUAAGAUUUUUUUUUUUUUUUUUUUAUAAAUGUAUAAAAAUCGUACAGAUUAUCAUUGGGUGAAAUUGUUAGGUAUGGCAGAUGACCUUGAUGACUUUUGGCAGAUGUACUGUAUGUAAUUAUUCAUGAAAGCGAUUUCAAAUCAGUUGCCUGUUUAUAAUUGAUGGCUGCAUCAGCCGGUCUUGAGCUCUUGCUGGAGUUUUCAUUGUCCAGAGAUGACGAUCGUUUUGGUAGACACCUGAAGUGGCAAAUAGUUUAGCUCAACUAUUUUUUUUUCUUUUCCUUUCUUUCUUGAAAGCCACAAAGAAAUUUAAUUGUCAGGAUUGCAGCACAAGCAUCUUUGUGGAAUGUACGCUUGUAAUGUUGAUGUUAGAGACAUUAUGCAAAAUCUGUUUGUAGCUUUAAGAUCAUUUUAUGUCUUUUGGUGUUUUUUUUUUUUUUUUUCUGUUUAUUUUUUUCAGCAUAGUUUCUGUCAGUCCAUCAAGACGCUAGUGGAGUCAUACCUUUAAUGGAUGGCCAGCCAAAUGGGGCAGUGAGGGAAGGGCUUAUUUAUUUCACCAGACAACAAUGAUCUUGGAGGUCUGGACAUAAUUUCAAAGAUGAGACAGCUGGAAUAUUUUUAUGAGGAAAAAAAAAAAUGGUUGUACAUGAAAUAUUAGAUGUAGAUUCAGAGAAGACUGGUUUGUAGUUGGACACUUCUGGUUUUUGCCUUGAGACCAUUCAGUAAAGGAAGUUUUUUUUAAAUUUUUUUUUUAUUGACAAACUU